CUUGCUUUGCAUGAAUGCAGUGAUACACGUGGACGCAGCUAAAUGUAUUGGAUGGAGUUGAUGUCUCUGCCAUUAAAAAGUAAACAUGUGACGUUAUGUCCGCUGCGAGAAAUCGAGUCUUUCAGUAAAUGGAUUGAACAGCAAAAUAGGCCCUGGUAACUCGUGUAUUGAAGGACCCAGUUCCCGUGCACAUUGCUAGUAUUAAGCGCUGAAAUUUGCUCUUCAGUUCAAAGCCUCUCUGGAGAACCUAACGCAGCUGCGGCCACAUGGAGAAGAUUUCCGGUGGUUUCUGAAGCUGAAAUGUGGGAACUGUGGAGAAGUAUCAGACAAAUGGCAGUACAUAACGCUUAUGGACAGCGUGCCUCUAAAGGGAGGCAGAGGUAGUGCCAGCAUGGUCCAAAGGUGCAAGUUGUGUUCCCGGGAAAAUUCCAUAGAUAUCUUGGCUGCCUCACUGCAUCCAUACAAUGCUGAAGACAGUGAGACAUUUAAGACAAUUGUGGAAUUUGAGUGUCGAGGUCUAGAGCCUAUUGACUUUCAGCCCCAGGCUGGAUUCGCUGCAGAAGGAGCAGAGACAGGAACCCCUUUCCAUGAAAUUAACUUGCAGGAGAAGGACUGGACGGAUUAUGAUGAAAAGGCAAAAGAAUCAGUGGGAAUCUAUGAGGUGGAACAUAGAUUUACAAAAUGCUGACUACGGGCAAUGGUUGGGAAAAAGGUUACAAGUUACUAGUUGGCAACACCUACAGUAUAUGAAACACGUUCUUCCAAACUGUACGACAGUCACCGAAGAGCAAAAUACUGUAUGUAUUGUACAGAAGGAGUCUGAUAUUGUUAAUGCAUUUUAUUCAAUUAUAUUACAGAAACCUUAUAAAUAAAUCUGAAAACCCUGUGUUUA